ACCAUUUUGAGGUUUCGCGCGCAAUCAGCCGUCUCUCAGUCUCACUCUCUCACCACCGCAAUCCUGUCCGACGUCUCGGUCUCAGCUCACGACUCAUCUCGUUCAUCUUCUCUCUCCUUCCGCUCGAUCUUCAAACCGAUUCCAUGGCCACUUGAGCUCAACCGCUUUAAUUGCUGGAGUUCGUCCACAUUCCCAAUUCACUGGUUGAAACCCUAGAUUGUGUCAGCUGAAAUGGCGGCUCAGAGCUGCUCCCAAUUCCACGUCUUCUCCGCCGAAGAGAUCGAGUUUAUUGCAGAAGAUGAGUUGAUCGAGAUUGUGCCGAAUAUGAGAAUGGAUCAGCUCAAUUUGAUCCGGGGAGAUUUUGGUCCAUUUCUACCUCAAAUUGCCACUGAAGUACCCCUUUGGCUUGCUGUAGCUUUGAAGAAGAGGGGGAAGUGUAGAAUUCGACCUCCAGAGUGGAUGUCAGUGGAAAAACUGACACAAGUUCUGGAAGCUGAGCGGGACUCCGAGAAAGAGUUUCAAGUGCUACCAUUUCAUUAUGUGGAAAUUUCAAGACUACUUUUUGACCAUGCACAGGAUGACAUUCCUGACAUUUAUAUGGUGAGGUCUUUAAUGGAGGACAUUAGAGACGUAAGGUUUCAUAAAGUGGAGACCAGCUUAGAGACAUUUGAUGGUCGUACAUCUGCUGUACAGAUAAGAUCGUUAUCUGCAAUGGAAGUGAAUAUAGUCCGUCCAUUUGUUGCAAGAGCCCUGCAGGCAUUUCAGAAGCUUGGGAAUAUGGUACCUGAGACAGAUUCAGUGCCCAGCACCCGGCCCCAAGGAACUGAUAAAGCAGCAAGAGGUCGGCGGAUUCUGCGGGGACGGUGAGAAUAUUCAUGGGUUGGAGGUCAUUGUCUGCUUUCUUGAAGCCAGAGCAAAAGCAAGUUGGAGAGGUUCUUACUCCUGCAUGGAGUGUCGACUUUAUGAACUUCAGAGUCUUGUGCUGGCUUUUAUGGAUUAUUCUUGUGUUUUGCAUUUGUUGAAUGAAAUCGUUUCUAGGUACAUAUUUCCCUGAGUAUCUUACUCGUUUAUAGCUCAAUACAAGGUCUAGAACUUUGAAAGAAGCUGGUUGCUGGUUUCUUUCGAGCUCUUUGAGAUA